AUGGCUCGAGGUGGAAGCAAACAGGUUCCGGCACUCAAGGCCAAACCACCUGCGAAAGAGAAAGUUCGCCGCACGACUGAGCCUGCAAAGAAAGAUGCAACCGCCAUUGGCGCACCCCUGGACCUUCAACAGAAAUGUCUGGACCUAUUUCGCGAGGCCUUGAAGCCUACGGAAGACGACAAUAGUGAGGCUCUUCAGGAGGUCAAAACACAUUUGUUCAACCGCGAUUUCGCUCAAGCAUUUGGGAAAGAGUCAUAUUUACGUGCCUAUGCUGGAAGAUGGAGUCCCAGCCGAGCUCUCGCCUAUCACCAGGUUCUCGUUGAUGUGCAAGACGAAGUGCUGUCUACAUUCGGCCAGACGCAGACCGAUGGCGAAAGUGUCUUCCGAGUUGUUUCUAUCGGUGGCGGGGCUGGUGCAGAGCUUGUCUCUUUGGCGACCUGGUUGCGAAUGGAGAGCCAGGGUGCAAUCAAGCCCUGUCGAAUAAUGGAGAAACUACACACAACAUUGCUGGAUAUCGCUGCAUGGGAUCCAGUCGUUGCGGAACUCCAGCAAGCUAUAACCACGCCGCCUCAGCUUUCAGCAUACGCUUCCGCGGCCGCGAGAGAAGCCAAUGAGGCUAUGUUGGCCAAAGAGGCAUACACAGUGACGUUCAAUCAACUGGACGCCCUCGGUAUGACAGAAUCGCAAUGCAAGGAGUUCAUUGGAGGCGCCGAUCUGGUGACUAUGAUGUUCACACUCAACGAGCUUUACUCGACUUCUGUUGCAAAGACUCAAAAAAUGCUAGCUCGCAUCACGGAAGCCUCUCGUCCUGGAUCUCACCUGCUGGUCGUUGACAGUCCUGGAAGCUAUUCGACUGUUUCAAUCAAUGGAGCGGACAAGAACUACCCAAUGCAAUGGCUGCUGGAUUUGACGCUUGCUGGGAACCAGAAGCGAUCAGACGGCGACGAUGCAAAGCCCAAAUGGGAGAAAAUUGUGACUGAUGAGUCGAGGUGGUUCCGCUUACCAGCAGGACUGAAGUAUCCAAUCGAUUUGGAGAACUGUAGGUAUCAGAUCCACCUGUACAGGAGAGCAGCAGGCUGA